AUGAAGUGGCGGGCCCGCCAAACCAUAUACUGGCCAGGAUUGAGCAACGACAUCGUCGCGUUUGUAGACAGUUUCCAGGUAUGUCAAGAACUUCAGCCGUCCCAGCAACAAGAGCCCCUACUACGCGACGCUUUACCAGAGUGCGUCUUCGAGGAAGUAUCGGUGGAUUUGUUCGAGUCCCGGCGACUGCAUGUUCUCGUGUAUACAGACCGCCUAUCCGGAUGGCCGGUGAUCCACCGAUGGUAUCAUGCCUCUUCAGCCAGAGAAUUGAUUCAGGCGAUCACAGAAAAUUUGGUCGUCCUCGGGGUGCCCAUCCGUAUACGCACUGAUGGCGGCCCUCAGUUUGGAGCCGGAGCAUUCCAGCAAGCGCUACAGAAAUGGGGGGUAGUGUGGGAAAAUUCAUCUCCAUACUACGCGCAGAGCAACGGUCAUGCAGAGGCGGAAGUAAACGCUAUGAAGCGGCUCGUUUUGAAAAUCGCACCCGCAGGAGACCUCACAUCCGACGCAUUCAUGCAAGGUCUUCUUGAAUUCCGUAAUACGCAACGUGAAAACGGAAUGUCCCCGGCGGAGAUGGUGUUCGGCAGCCAGCUUCGUUCGAUAUUGCCAGCCCAUCGCACUUCUUUUGCUACACGCUGGAAGGACACCAUGAACGCACGAGACCGCCAACAUACCUUGGAUGACGAGGUAAAAAAACGCUACGACGAACGGGCAAGUCCGCUUUCACCACUGCCCAUCGGAUCUCACGUCCAAAUCCAAGAUCCCCAUUCUUUGCUAUGGGAAAGAACCGGACAGAUUGUCAGUAUCGGGAAGUACCGGUCGUAUCGAAUAAAAUUUGCAAGCGGAAGUGUAUUGUGGCGAAACCGACGCCACCUCCGCCCUUUAUUAUCCGACGACAAGGACGCGCAAAAGAUUCCCGGCAUCGAAGGAGACGCAACGACGCCACCAGCCAACAGCAACGACGACGGAGUACCGGAAACAGCAGCUAGCCAGACAAGACCGGAACCCGCUUCGAUACCGACCCAACCGCGACGGAGCGGGAGGAUUCGACGGCCUCGGCUGAUGGUAGACGUAUAG